CGAAACACGCUUGGAACUUGAGUGAACUGCUGGAGCAAGAGGCAUGGGGUGCUACGUUAGUUUUGAAACAAACUACGGGCUAAUAAGCGUUCUCUAAAUUCGGAUAAAUAUCUUAAACAAAAAGCAGAAAUUCAGCGCUCCUGAUGGCGGAACCCCUAAGGACGGAAUAGUACUUGGACUGCGCAAUAGCAUCUGGUGGCUAACGAUCCGUCAGAUGAUGACCCACAUGACUCGUUACCAUCUCACUAUACUCGAUCGGACAGCAAGGAAAGUACCCUCUCUGGACUAAGUGAAGACUCCCCUUCUCUCUUUAAGAAGCGUGAAACAUGCCCUUGCCAUUUGGCUUAAAACUCAAAAGGACUCGAAGGUAUACUGUUUCAAGCAAGAGCUGUCUUGUCACUCGGAUUCAGCUUCUCAAUGGAGAGUUUGUUGAGUUUACACUUUCAGUGGAGAGCACUGGACAGGAAUGUUUGGAGGCAGUUGCCCAGAGACUCGAGUUAAGAGAGAUAACUUAUUUCAGUCUGUGGUACUUCAACAAGCAAAACCAACAGAGAUGGAUUGACUUGGAGAAGCCACUGAAGAAGCAGCUAGACAAAUAUGGGCUGGAGCCCACCGUUUACUUUGGAGUCGUGUUUUACAUACCCAGUAUCACCCAACUGCAACAGGAGAUCACAAGAUAUCAGUAUUACCUACAACUGAAGAAGGAUGUUCUAGAAGGCAGGAUCUCAUGCUCACUAGAGCAAGCUAUACGUUUAGCUAGCCUGGCAGUGCAAGCUGACUUUGGAGACUUCAAUCGAUAUGAUUCCCAGGAAUUCCUCCAGAAGUUUGCACUAUUCCCUAUUGACUGGAUUCAGGAUGAGCGAGUGCUGGAAGAGGCCACUCAGAAAGUGGCUCUUCUUUAUCAAUCCUUCAGGGGGUUGUCAGCCGCAGAGGCAGAGAUGCUGUACAUGCAGGAGGUGGAGAAAAUGGAAGGAUAUGGCCAGGAAAGCUAUCAAGCCAAGGACAGUACAGGCACAGAUGUUACCCUGGGGUCCUGCCUUGAUGGCAUCUUUGUCAAGCACAAAAACACACGUCCACUUCUUUUAUUUAGGUGGCAUGAAAUUAACAACAUGAGUCACAACAGGUCCUUCUUUGCCCUGGAGCUAGCCAACAGGGAAGAGAGUGUUCAGUUCCAGACUGAAGACAUGGAAACCUCCAAAUAUGUGUGCCGGAUGUGUCUGGCCAGACUCAAGUUUUAUAAGAUUAACAAGAGUAGCCUAGAGGAGUGUGACCCGCUGCCUUCUGAGGGCUCCCAGAAGUCCCUUCUCACUCUAUCCUUUCCUCGUUUUCCAAUGCUCUCUCGCCCCUCUCUGUCUUCUAAUAAGGGCCAAACCCAACCCACAGUUGUAAAUCCAGUGAGACGGAGAUCCUCAACUAGAAUAUCUCUGCCAAAGCCACAGGGCUACAUGAUGCCCCCUCCACAAAUGCACUACAAUGGGCAUUUCACAGAGCCUUACACAUCAUCACAAGACAACCUAUAUAUGAACAGUCAGAACGGGUAUUACUACCACUCUCAGACCAGCCUGGACUGCUCUCCUUUGGAAUAUGGCAGCGGAGGGCGUUUACGUAACGGCAGCGUCUACAGCGCCCAUAGCACCAGCUCUCUAACCAAUCCUCAGCACUACCUUCAGCCCUCGCCCAUGUCCUCCAACCCCUCUAUUACUAGCGACAUCACCAGGCCAGAUUAUGUUCCCUCUCACCGUCACAGCGCUCUCAUCCCACCUUCCUAUCGGGCCACUCCUGACUAUGAGACAGUGAUGCGUCAGAAGAAUCGAGGUGCAGGGGGGGGAAUGGUUUUGUCUCAAGAGCACCGGCAGAGCCACUCCAUGAGGAACCUGAACAUUGGAAACUCAUAUGCAUACAGUAGACCGGACCCUCUGGUUUACAGCCAGCCAGAGAUUAGAGGGGAGCAUGGCGGCGCAGCCCAGCACCACCACUAUCCCUUCCAUCUGGGCUCCAGCUUCCACAGCCCUUCUCCGUACCCAUAUCCUACAGAGAGAAGGCCUGUAGUGGGAGCGGUCAGUGUCCCGGAGCUCACAAAUGUCCAGCUACAGCAGGCACAGGAGUAUCCAGCCCCCAACAUCAUGAGAACACAUGUGUACCGACCACCUCCACCCUACCCAUACGCUCAUCCUCGACCUGCAAACAGUACACCCGAUCUGUCACGUCACCUGUACGUCAGCAGUAGCAAUCCAGACCUGAUUAUCACAAGACGUGUGCAUCAUUCAGUCCAGACCUUUCAAGAGGACAGCCUGCCUGUUGCGCACUCUUUGCAAGAAGUCUCAGAGCCUCUUUUCAGCGGACCCCAACACAGACACCCAUACCAUGCUCAGAAGCGUAAUUCUAUUGAAAUUGCUGGGUUGACGCACAGUCUGGAGGGGAUGAGAGUCAAAGAGCGGACUGUUUCGUCUUCGGCAGCUGAAACGGCCACGCCCCCUCCGGUGCUGCGUGGCGGUCGCUCUCAGGGGUCGCAGCUCAAUGUGUUUUUGGAACGUACAAAGACAGAGGACAGGGGAGACAUUAAAGAGGACGUGCAGUAUGGACACAAAAAGUCUCUUUCAGACGCCACCAUGCUAGUUCACAGCAGCGGUGAAGAAGAGGAGUUUGAGGACGACAGCGGACGCCAUACUCCACUUUCUCAGGACGCAAUGGCAGCCAUUGUUCCUGAGCAGCCGCCACAACAGUAUCACAGCCUGACAUCCCUGUCUUCUCUGACAACUCAGCAACAGACUCCCAUUGAGCCUCCUCCUGCAUAUCCCAUAGGCUCUUCCCUCGACCCCUCUAUAACCAGCCCCUUGUCCUACAAGGUUCACCCCCUGAUCCAGGAAGGUGAGCCCCUGUACCUGCUGUCAGAUUUACGACGGCCCAGGAUUAUGCCCUCGGUCUCAGAGGGAGACCUGAGUGGCCAAGCCAAGCAGAAGCCUAAGAAAGACUUUAAGAAGAGGCCUGUGUCUGAUGUGCCUCCAGGGAAGAAAACUGUAGAGGGUUUACCGCCUCCAGGCAUGAAGAAAGGAGCUAGGUCAGAGGUGAAGAAGAUGGGUCCUCUGAAAGUGGCCCAUCUCAAUGGACUAUCAGUGUCCAGGCAGCCAGUGCAUGUCGAGAUCAAGGAUGAGCCUGAACGUGCCUCUAAUGACGAGCGGUGUAAGGUGCUGGAGCAGCACAUGGACAGGGGUGAGCUGUUAAAAGAGUAUGAGAGUAUCCCAAAGCGACGUCCAGGAGGGGAGUGCACUGUUGCCCAGCAGCCAGAAAGCGGAGACAAGAACCGCUUCCAAGAUGUCCUGCCUUAUGAUGACACCCGAGUGGAGCUGGUUCCCACUAAAGAGAACAACACAGGCUACAUCAAUGCGUCACACAUUAGAAUAACAGUAAGUGGACAGGAGUGGAGUUACAUCGCCACGCAGGGUCCCCUGUCGAACACGUGUCAGGACUUCUGGCAGAUGGUUUGGGAACAGAGCGUCUCCAUCAUCGCUAUGGUUACUGCUGAAGAGGAGAGCGGUCGAGAAAAGAGCUUCCGGUACUGGCCCCGGCUUGGCUCACGGCACAACACAGUGACGUACGGUCGCUUCAAGAUCACCACACGCUUCCGCACAGAGUCCGGCUGCUACGCCACCACAGGCCUGAGGAUCAAACACCUCCUGACGGGACAAGAGAGGACUGUCUGGCACCUGCAGUACACAGACUGGCCUGACCACGGCUGUCCUGAGGACUUCAAAGGCUUCCUCACCUACCUGGAGGAGAUCCAGUCUGUGAGGAGACACACAAACAGCAUCAGUGAUCCAAAGAACACCAACCUACCUGUGCUGGUCCACUGCAGUGCUGGAGUGGGUCGGAGUGGAGUCGUCAUCCUGUCUGAGAUCAUGAUAGCUUGCCUCGAGCACAAUGAGACGCUGGAUGUCCCAAAAGCCCUUUUGGCGCUGCGUGCUCAGAGGAUGAUGAUGGUUCAGACCUUGUCUCAGUACACCUUCAUCUACAAGGUCCUCAUUCAAUACCUCCGCAGUUCCAGGCUGAUCUAAUCACAGGCGUCUCUGCAGCAUCACAUCACAGAUAAUUGCAGGGUGCAUUUUGCAUUUAUGCCCAACUACACUGCAGCUGUUCAAAUCUGUUAGAAAGGAUUGUGGGCAAAAUUUGGACCCUGUUUAAGCGAAGUAUUAAAUCAGGCAAAGGCUGAGGGUUUGGCAUAUACAAGACAAUGCCACAUGAAAGAUUAUAAAGACUUGAGACCUGCCUCUAAACAGUAUUAUCUAUGUAUUAUUUUUUACAUACAUUAUUGCUUAAUAAAAUCCAGCACUUUCACAGUACCUUGCCGUACAUAAUGAACCAAUAUUAAGCUUCAUUAAAAAAAACAACCUAUCAUAGAUGUGUAUGAAAAACAGCUGAUUUAUUUUUACUUUUUAAGAGAUUAUUGUGGGUUGCUGUUGCUUUAUUGGUUAUGAUUAUGAAGGAAUUUUCUACAGUUAUGAAAUGAAGAACAGGUUGUAAAAUGAAGAACAGGUUCAUAUGAAGGUGUGAAUAUAGAGCUGAUAAUUCAGAUCAUUUUUAACUUGGAUCAUGUGACCUCUGGGGCUGCACAUAGGGCCUUGUUUGGAAUUAUGCUAAUUUAGACCAUGGACACUGGUACGACUGGUGCAAAUGAGUUUAGCAUCUAAAAUAGUCAAAGUGCACUUCUCUUGUUUUAAAAAUCCUUAUCCAACAAAAGUCUAUUUAACUGAAACAAGACGCUGCAAGAGAGGUGUGCGAUAAUGGCUCGGUCUUUGUGAAACACUGGAUUGAUGGGAAGUGGAAAUACGUUGCACAGGUUUUAGAAGCUAAAUAAAGAAAAAUAUCACCAAGUUUGUUUUGGGGAGGGUGGUUCGAUUAAAACUGGAGAAAUUAUUUUAUACAUCUGUUCUUAAUAUUUUUAUCUUAAAUUGUUGAACUCUGAGUGCUGUAUUUGAUGUAUUUUCGACUUUUGUCAAAAUAUGCAAGAAAUGUUUCUCAUUCAGUGUCAUUUAUUGCAGUGGCGCAAAAACACAAGGAUAAAAACAGACAAUGAUAUUAAUGAAUUCAGCUCAGAUCCUUAA